AGUCCCAGUAUCGGCUACAUUCCUGUCGCUGCAUUGCACCUCAGUCAUUUCAAGUUUCACUUUCAUUUAGUUUAUAGAAUAAUUUUUUGUUAAAAAUUAAAUUUAAAUAUGAAAUUUAUAUUUCAAUUUGUUUCGCUAUUUCUGUUUGUGCCGCUUGGUAAUUCGAUUGAACCUAUCCUUUUGGUGCACGGCGGUGCAGGCAGCAUAGCUGAAAGUACCUUACCUACGAGAUUCAUUGGAGUCAAAGAAGCUAUCCGACGCGGCUACGAACUGCUCAUAAAAAAUAAAAGUUCAUUGGAUGCUGUUGAAGAGGCUGUUCGCUAUCUAGAAGAUGAUCCAAACUUCAAUGCCGGCUAUGGUUCGGUUUUAACCGAGGAGGGGGAAGUGGAAAUGGAUGCAGCAAUAAUGAAUGGAUACGACCUAUCAGCAGGAUGUGUUGCUGUUGUAAAGGACAUCGCACAUCCUAUUUCUCUAGCUCGUCUUGUAAUGGAAAAAUCAAAAUCUGUAUUUUUAGCCGCUAACGGUACCAGGAAAUUUGCCUUAGAGCAAGGUGUAGAAAUUCUUCCACCCGGAGCGUUAAUUCCGGAUAAAACUCGCGAAACUAACGAGGACAUCGAAGAGAGUAACAUUCCACCCCGAUUCAAAAUUCCUGGUUAUGACACCUCCAAUCCAAGUGUUUAUGAAUAUAUUCCUGGUACCGUAGGUGCAGUUGCCAUAGACAUUUACGGAAAUAUUUCUGCAGCUACGUCAACCGGGGGUAUUCGUGGAAAGCCACACGGCCGUGUGGGAGAUAGUCCUAUUCUGGGAAGUGGAACCAUUGCAAAUAAUCGAAUUGCAGGUGUCUCCGCCACUGGCGAUGGUGAAUAUAUACUCCGUUUUAAUUUAGCUCAACAAAUAUUACAACGUAUUCGAUAUGAGGGCAAGUCAGGGCAGGAAGCUACAGAGGAUGCUUUGAACGCCAUGAAAGAGGAAGUUGGUGGAAGUGCCGGAGCUAUAACAAUUGACCACAAUGGCGAAGUGGGCAUAUUUUUCAUAUCUAAUCAAAUGUUGUGGGGCUAUCGUCAAGGAAACUUAAUUCGAUACGGCGCUAACAAAGGACAAGUAAUUGAAGAGGAGGCGGAUGAUAAUGAUGGGGUAUCUGCCUUACAGUCAGUCGGUGUUAGUACUGCUGUUAUUCCUUUUUCGCUCAUGUAUAAACAUAUUUGUAAUGCUAUUUAGUCCUCAAAAUUUGCAAAAGUUAAUAUUUUAUUGACAAAUAGUUAAGAAGAAUCGAUGCCAAGCAUCUCUUUUGUUUAUUCAACACAGUAAGGACUCUGAAACGAUAAUAAAUUCAAGUUAUGUUUAUGAAUGAAAA